AUGUUGACUCUGGAAGUGGUUCCUGAACGAUCCCUCGGUUGUGAACAAUGGGAAUUUGUUGUGGGGAUGCAUUUUUCCCAAGCAGUUGCAAUUAUUCAGUCACAAGUUGGAGUUGUAAAGGGUGUUCAAGUUCUUUACAGUGAUACAAAACCAUUAGAAGCUGACUUAGUUAUUAAUCUACCUCAAGAUGGUAUCAGACUUUUCUUUGAUCCUGUUUCACAACGACUGAAAAUUAUUGAAAUUUAUUCAAUGAAGUCAGUCAAAUUGAAGUAUUGUGGACUUGAAUUCAAUUCACCUGAAAUCUUACCAUCCAUAGAACAAAUAGAACAUUCCUUUGGAGCUACACACCCUGGAGUAUAUGAUUCUGAGAAACAACUUUUCAUGUUGAAUUUUAGGGGUCUCUCAUUUUACUUUCCAGUUGAAUCCAAAUUUCAGUGUGGUAGUACCCAUAAUCUGGGAUCUCUCCAAUUUCCUGCUGGUAGUUCCCCUUUGGUAUCUCGGAUGGCAAUCUACUGUGGAUCAAGUGUUGAUCAUGCAUAUGCUCCUGAGCUACCUCUUACUUGUUAUUAUGGGCAACUGUACCUUCAAAAGGCAGAGAUCAUUAGAGGUGAAUCAUAUACUAGAGGAUUGAAGUUGUACCUAUUGGCUGGUACCAAUAGUCGACUGAUAGAUUCAGUGAAGUUACUAUUUGAACGUGAAGUUCUUCUGGGGCAUUCUGCUCAAGAUGUGGCUUCUGCUCUUGGAGCUCCCUCAAAAGUUUUUUACAAGAGUGAGGACAAAAUGAGAAUACAUAGUCCAAAUGCACAUAGGAAAAUUAGCGCCACCAGAAGUGAUUAUUUCUUCAAUUAUUUCACUUUAGGAAUGGACGUCCUUUUCGAUGCAAAAUCUCAUUUAGUGAAGAAAAUCGUGCUGCAUACCAACUAUCCUGGCCAUUACAACUUCAACAUGUACAUGAGAUGCGAAUUCAACUUGUGUCUGGAUGAAACCAACAUCACGGCAUACAGUCACUGGGACGAUAUUUGUAAAAAAUUGACUCCCAGCGAAAGGCCCGUGGUUUUGAAUAGGGCUAGUUCCACAAAUACCACAAAUCCUUUUGGAAGUACACUCUGUUAUGGUUAUCAGGAUAUUGUAUUCGAGGUUAUGCCCAAUCACUACAUCGCAUCUAUGAGUAUGUAUGGUGAUGGUAGGUCCUACGAACUGGAAGGUGAACAUGCGUGA